AUAAAUUUUUUUUCAGAUCUCUUGAAUCCAACACGUGAGUUUUGUGCACCAUUCAAAUAUGACAGGAUCUAUUGGAUUCUCUUUUUUUCAAAAUUAGUUUCCAUGGUGAUGAUAAUUUCGUUGCUUUCAUUGCAGAAUUAGCCGAAUAUUUCAAACAAACAAAAAUCCGUAAUACCAUUUAAAAUAACAUGGAAUCAUUGCUGUAUCGGUUAACAAAUGUUGCUUAUGGAAUUGAAUCGAGGAUUUUAUUAUGUCGAAAAAAUCGAAUCAAAACGAACAACAAACAACCAGAAUGUCAUUAUUAUUCACUCGUCGUGAAGAAGAGCUGCAAAAAUUAUUGGCCGAAGAACGAAAAAGAGGUGAACAACGACGAAAUAAUUAUAAUAAUCUAAAAAGUGAACAUCUUAAAUUACAAGAUGAAUAUCUAAAUCUUCAAGCCGAAAUGAAACAAAUAUUGGAAGAAACUGUUUAUUUUAAAGAGAAGAAAAAUGAAGAACUUGAAGAAUUGUUGAAGAUAAAUGAAACAAAAUCAAAACAAAUCGGAAAACUGGAAAAAAAUAUCCGUGAAAAUGAUCCAGAAAUUUUGAGGAUAAAAUUAAUCGAUGAAUUGGAUGAACCAUUACGAAAAGCUGAAAAAGAAAAAGAAAGACUGAAUAAAGAUAGAGAACGUUUAUGUAAUGAAUUGAAAUUGUGUAAACAACAAAUUGAACAUAUGGAAAAAGAACAUUUAGAUGCUAUAGAAAAAAUUAAAUUAUCCUAUGAAGUUGAAUUGAAUUUGAUCAAACGUGAAAAAGAAGAGAUACGAAUUCGUUUGGUUGAAGCAAGCCAAGUGCCGGAUGUGAAAAAAUUGAUCGAUUUAAGUGAAGAAAAUUCUCGAUUAAAUCGCCGUUUACAAUCUGCACAGGAUAUUAUUGAACAAGCUGAACAAAAAUAUAAACAAAUACAGCAACAAAUACAAGAUUUAUUAUUGGAUAGUGAACAAAAAGAAAGAAUUCAUCAAUCAAAAUCUACUCAUCUACAUGAACAAAUGAAUGAAUAUAAACAAGAGAUAAAAAAUCUUAAAAUUGAUUUAAGCAAUCGAAAUUUCAGAAAUGAAGAACAUUUAAAAGAAAAUGGUCAUCUGAAAAGAAUGUUGGAAAAAUUCAAAUUCGAUAUUGAACAACAACGUAUAUCAUUCGAUGGUGAAAAAGAAACGAUUGUUUCGAAAAUGAAUAAUGAAAUUAAACUAUUGAAUCAGGCUAAAGAUUCAUUCAAAGAUGAUAUUAAAAAACUGAAAGAACUUUUAGCAACCAAAGAUGAAUCAAUAACCGAAUUGGAAAAAAUUAUCGAAUCAAAGGAAAAAGAAUGUAAUGAAAAGAUAAACUCAAUCAUUAAUGAAGAGUUGGAAAAACUGACAAGAUUAGAACAUGAAAAAAAAUCAUUGGAAUUAUCAUUGGAAGAUUUUCAAAAUGAAAAACGAACCUAUUCAUUGGAAAUGGAAAAAUUACGUCGUCAGAUUGAACAAUUGAAUGAGAAAAAAAAUGUACAAGAAAGAGAAACAAUGUUAUUACGAGCCAAAUUAGAUACACAAGCAUCAGCAAUAGAAGAAUUGGAAAAAAUACGAAAACAACAUCUAGCAUUACAUGAAGAGGUUAAUCGAUUGAAACUAGAUUCCUAUGAUUAUGUUGUAAAUAAUAAAGAAUUAACACGUAUGAAUCAGAAUAUGAAAGAAGAGAUAAUUCGUCUGAAAGAACAAUUGGACGAAGAACGACGUCAUCUUGAAGAGGUGAAUAUUUCGAAUGAAAAACAGAUGAUGAAAAUUUCGAACCGAUUUGAUGAUGAGCGAAAUGAAUAUCGUGAAAGAAUUAAUCGAUUGGAAAAGGAAAAUUAUCGAUUGAAAACAACAUUCCUACAACUACAACAACAACAACAACAACAACAGCAACAAGAUGUCUAUAAAAUAAAAGCCAGCGAUUAUUCACGUUUAAAAGCACGACAAUAUGCUAAAAUUGCUGAUCGUCUUAAUACAUUGUUGGAUCAUCUACAAGUGAGCAAUGAUGAUCAAAAAGAAAAUGGUGUGGCAAUAAAAUCAUCUACUCAAAACAAUGAAAAUAUCUUAUGUCAGGAUCGGUUGAAAAACGGUCAUCAGCAACAAUUAGUAGCUUCAUCAUCAAAUUCUAAAAGCCAAAAUCAUAAAAAUUCAAUCCACUGCCCAGGUUUUUUUCAGCGCUUAAUAAUUUAA